ACCGACUGGCGCACGUUAUUUGGUCAAAUAUUAGGGUUGCGUCCGAUUGUUUUUCUCAUUAUCGUAUUGCCUGCAUUAUUGACUUGCCUAUCUCAUACUUCUCUCUCUAGAAUUUUUUUUUUCUUUCUUAUUUUUUCGCCAGAUCUUGAGAUGGAGAUGGAGCGCGUGACCGAGCUGACGAUGGAUCGGCGGCCGAGGAAAAGGCCGCGGUUGGGAUGGGACGUUCUUCCUCAAGCCCCUAAGGCUCAGCUAGGAUUGUUUUCUGGACAAGAGAUUGGAAUUGUGACAAGCUAUGAACCUUUGAGGGCACUCACGGAUCAUCCUAGUUCACUAUUUGUUAAGGGUCUUGCUCGAAAUGGUUCACCCCCAUGGCGAGAAGAUGACAAAGAUGGCCAUUAUAUGUUUGAGAUCGGAGAAAAUUUAACUUCUCGCUAUAAGAUUCACGGCAAGAUGGGUGAAGGUACUUUUGGUCAGGUUUUAGAGUGUUGGGACAGGGAGAGAAAAGAAAUGGUAGCCAUCAAAAUUGUCCGUGGCAUUAAGAAAUAUCGUGAAGCAGCAAUGAUUGAGGUAGAAGUACUCCAACAACUUUGUAGACAUGACAAGGGUGGCAAUCGUUGUGUUCAAUUACGGAACUGGUUUGACUAUCGUAACCAUAUCUGUAUUGUCUUUGAGAAGCUUGGACCAAGCUUAUACGAUUUCCUACGCAAAAACAAUUAUCGCUCAUUUCCCAUUGAUCUUGUCCGUGAGAUUGGCAGACAACUGUUGGAAUGUGUAGCAUUUAUGCAUGAUUUGCACCUCAUUCAUACGGACUUGAAGCCUGAAAAUAUUCUUCUUGUGUCACCGGAAUAUUUAAAAGUUCCUGAUUACAAGGGUUCUUCAAGGUCUCCGAAGGACAACUCGUAUUACAAGAGGAUCCCAAAGUCGAGUGCUAUCAAAGUAAUUGAUUUUGGUAGCACAACAUAUGACAGGCAGGACCAGUCAUAUAUUGUAUCUACACGGCACUACAGAGCCCCAGAAGUUAUUCUUGGACUUGGGUGGAGUUACCCUUGUGAUAUAUGGAGCGUUGGUUGUAUCCUGGUUGAACUUUGCUCGGGCGAAGCUUUGUUCCAAACCCAUGAAAACUUGGAGCACCUUGCAAUGAUGGAAAGGGUACUCGGAGCCUUACCCCAGCACAUGUUGAAAAAAGCAGAUCGACAUGCAGAGAAGUAUGUUAGAAGGGGUCGACUUAACUGGCCAGAGGGAGCAGCAACUAGAGAUAGUAUGAGGGCUGUUCAGAAGUUGCCGAGGCUCCAGAAUUUGAUCAUGCAGCAUGUGGAUCAUUCGGCAGGAGACCUUAUUCAUUUACUACAAGGGCUCUUGAGAUAUGAUCCAGUUGAAAGGUUGUCGGCUGAAGAAGCACUAAGGCACUCUUUCUUCACCAGGGAUCGUCUGAUUAGACACUGAGUCUGAUUAGAUACCGAGUCUUCCUUUUUUUAUUGAAAGGGGAGCUCUUGAUUUUGCACCGUGCCUGUAAGUACAUGGUCAUUCAAAGUUUUGCAGAGGUGGUGCUUUCGGAAGUAGUUGCUGAAAUUUCAAAAUUCCAAGACCCGGUAAUGUACAUAGCCAUAGGUACAAGCCUGGAAUAAUUCGGCGGUCUGCGUUUGUAUUAAUUCUUGUGUUGUAUUCCUGAAGACUUUUAUUCUCAACUUGCCUUGUUAUAUUGUUGUGAUAGAUUUCUUUUUUCAUGGCAUACUAUAAAUGGUGUUUGGAGAAACAUUUAGAUGUUUUUGCUGCUUUGUCUGUUCUCUGGUGAAUUUGGCUUGUCAUUCUCAAUGGUGUAAUGUCUUGUUCAUCAUAGUGAUGGUAAUAUUAAUAUAUUGAUCAAGAGGUUAUACCAUAAGGAUUUGUGAAAGUUUAA